AAACAGAUAACUUGAAAAAGGAACCUUGUUCGCUCCGCGGAAACAUUUCAGGGACGGACCACACCUGGAAAAUGGUUCCGACAUAUACGUUAAAAUAGUCAGCAUGUUUUAUUGUUUAAUUGUAAUGCAGUUAAUACUCAGGCGUCACUAUGUGCAGCAAAACCAACGAAGGUUCGGACCGGUUUGAAUAUUUACAAACGCUGGUCACUGAGUUUCAAGACACCGAUAGUGAAGAAGCCAAGGAGCAAGUGCUAGCCAACCUGGCCAACUUUGCGUAUGACCCCAAGAACAUGGAGCAUCUGAGGGAGCUGCAAGUGACCGACCUCUUUUUGGACAUGUUGACUGAGGAGAACCACAACUUUGUGGAGUUCGGGAUGGGGGGACUGUGUAACCUUAGUAUGGACCCAGAAUGCAGAGACAUCAUCUUACAGAACAGUGGGAUCAGCUUGGUCACCAACUGCCUGUCAAGCCAGAGGGAGGAGACCGUCCUGUCGGCCGUCACCACCCUCAUGAACCUCAUAACCCACUCGUCGCGCUCUGACAUCACCAACCCAGCCAUCCUGCAGUGUAUGCUACGCUUCUCCCUCUCGGAGAGCCCCCGUCUUCGUAACCUGGCUGCUGUGUUUCUCCAGGACUGCUGCACGGAGGAGCAGGUGGCUCGGGUGGAGCAGCAGAUGCACGGACAGCAGACAGCAGUAGGGAUCCCACUGCCCAAGGAUUAAGUUACAGCGAGCACGUUUUAGUGUAGGUUUUUGCUCUCCAUGAGAGUGUGCUGUAAUACUUCUGUUCCACUAUGUAGACAAAAGGUGUGGACACCCAAAUGUUGAAAAAUUAGUUUCACCUGUCGAUAUUGGUUGUUUUCAUUUUCAUCAUUUCAUCUUGAGUGAAGUUCUCUUUCUAACCACAUGGGGGGACUGGAUAGUUGUAGUUUUUUUGCUGCACACACAAGUAUUGCGAUUAAUGCUGGCAUAAAAAUAUCAUCUUUAUUUGACUUGUGUCAGAGAAGAGAUUAAAUAUUAUUUUUAAAACUA